UCGCCGACAUUUUGUAGUUGUGUGGUCCGUACGAACGACAAGUUACAGACUUCACCACCGUUUAAAAGUUACUGAUUAAUUCUUGAUUGAAAAGACAUGGCUACUAAAAAUAUCGAUUUUGACAUGGAAGAGUUUAUAUCGGAAAUAGAAAGAUAUCCUGCUAUUUGGGAUAUGCGUUCCGACCUUCAUUCCAACAGACUGGAAAAAAGUAGAGCCUGGGAGAAAGUGUGCUUGAAGUUCAUUGAUGGCUACGAAAAUAAGAGUUCCAAUGAAAAAAACGCUGGAAUUUAUCAACUGCAACGCAAGUGGAGAAGUUUGCGAGACUGUUACAACAGAGAUCGAAAUAAAGCAAGAACAAUAGGACCGAAAGGAUUACGCAGACGAAAAUAUAUUUAUUUUGACCAACUUUCAUUCUUGUCUUCCUCGACAGAAGGCAGAUCAGAAUCUGAAGAGGGUGAGCAAGAGUCAAUUACUCUCCAGUCAUAUUCAGUUCAGCGUAGUUCACCUGUGGAUUGCAAGGAUACAAUUAAAAAGUAUAAAACAAUGGCAAACGUAGAAAAGGCUGAGAUUGAAUUAGUUGACAACACAUCAAGUAAAGAAAUGGAUAACCAAAAUGACAAAACAGAUUCUGAUCGUAGUUUUUUAUUAUCUCUUUUGUCGGAUUUUAAUUGUGUCAAAGAGGAUUUCAAGUUAGACCUAAAGAUAGAAAUGCUAUCUUUGUUAAAGAAGUAUAAAAAUUUGAAUAACCAACAAUAUAUCAAUCGGUGACACAAUACUCAAAAUCGGUCGUAAUUUGAACAGCUUCGAUAUUAUACCGAAAUAGAUAUGUCAAGUUGUCUCAUUUGUAUACAUAUAGUUAAGAUGUCUUAAAUUCAGGUGUAUCAACUGAUUAGCUUUUGUUUUGCCAGUUUUGAGAAUAUUAGAUAAGCUUCGUUAUGUCAACUGUAGGUGGCGCUAUCAACAAAUUAAGAUUCUUGUUAUUUAUUAUUUAU